AUGCGAAUUUGCAAUUCAAACACUCUUGGAAUGUUGAUUGCCUCCUCCAUCAUUCGGUGCAUUUCAAUUCUUCUGGUUUUCGGAUUUGUUGUUCAAUGUGAAGAAGUCGGAAUAGGCAAGCAUGUGUUGGUUAACGAGACAAUUAUUGAGCUCAAGGACAAUACGAGGAUUGCCGAAAACGACACGGAUCUUGAACAAUACAGGAAGCUGCCGGGAGCUUGUGAUGUCACUUUGGACAACGAUGGAAAUAUCAUUCUUUGGUACUCCAAAAAUUCCAGCACGACUGAGUUUGGCUGCUCCAUUGAUUUGGUUACAAAGAAUGAAGGUCAAAUCUCAAUGGAAUUUGGAAUCUCACACUCUGGCAAUCUAUCCGAUUGUAUCACGAAAGAAAAUCAAGUCCCGGAUAAUUUCAUAUCGUUCUCCUACAGCAAUAAAGGAGGUGAAUUCGAAGAACUUAAAAAUGGCCCUAAAACAGGUGAUGACAGUGACUGUAGUGAUAAGAAUAUCUGCAUUGCUCAUGGAGGCGCUUGCAGAAAUUCAACAGCUUUCUAUUCUGUUGGAUGGAUGCCAGAUCAAUCAGUUUUAACCGAAAGCUUUACUUACUCUUUACAGCCAGGUAAAAAAAUUUAUAAACGUAGUAUUUUUUUAUGA